CUCUCAGUGUUUGUCCGGAGCGUGAGCCGCACACCUGUCCGGUUCACACACGUCCACCAAUCAGCGGAGGACCCUCCACGUACAAGAACACAGCCCCGGGCUUCUGCUUCUCUUCUCACCGUCUGUCCAGGUUCAGUAGAGUCAGCAUGAUCUUUCUCACUCUGUUUUCUUUAAUGACUGUGUGUGUGACCGCAGGAGAUGAAGAGAGUGGCUCCGUCCUCAGACUGAAGGAUGUUCCUGCGGCCGAAGCCUUCAUCGACUCGGUAGAAGUGGCUGCAAUCGGCUUCUUUGAGACUGAAGCUGCUCGCGGAUUUAAAGAGUUUCUGGCUGCUGCUAAACAGAUGGAGACACUUCCUGUUGCUCUGUGCACUGAAAAGGAAGUUUGGGUCAAAUAUGGCAUAGCAUCUGACACCAUCUCCAUCUUCAGGAAGGCUGAUCUUCAUCAGGAACACCUGAAGCUCUCGGAGGCAAAGAAACUUGAUGCUGAUGGACUCGCACGCUUCAUGACCAUGAAUAACAUUCAUUACGUCACAGAAUAUAAUCAAGCGACUGCAGUGGGUCUGUUCCAGUCCUCGGUGAAGACACACCUGCUGCUGAUGGCUGAUGGAGGUCGUGAUCAUUCGGAGCCGCUGCAGCAGCGCUUCAGAGAUCUCGCACCAAAAUACACUGGCAAGAUGUUGUUUGUGCUGGUAAACGGAAGAGAGAAGUCGAACGCCCGUGUGCUGGAAUACUUCGGCCUGAAGUCUCGUGAUCUGCCGCGGAUCGGCGUAUACGAUGGUGUCUUGGACAAGAAGUGGCUCAUGGCUCCGGGUGAGAUCACUACUGAGCACAUGCAGAGCUUCUGUGACUCCUUCCUGGAUGGAGACCUGCAGAAGCAGAAAGAGACCCAAACACCCGAAGACAAGACUGAACUAUAACACCAUCCUACUCCUCAUUAAACAGAUUCAAAUACAA